GAUGUCCUGAAAAGUUUAACUUGUAGCCUACUCAGUGUCGCAACCUUGUAUCUUUAUUUGCACCAUUUGAUCUCAUUACAAUAUUGUUAAUCGGAUUAGAAAUAAGAUUUAUAGAGACUCGGAAAUUUGCAACAGAAGCACGGGCGUCAUUGACAGCGUUACACUACGCUUUAGUUUUUCCGGAAACUGCCGAAUGUGGCCGAUAGCUCUCGAGGGUGUAUAUGGAGGAAAUCUUAGGGAUGCUGCGCUGUCAGAGAGGAGCCACCGCGGACUGACAGGGAGCGGACGGAUACAGCGAUCAGAACGGGAACACUAACCGACACUGAGAGAGAAAAAAACUCCACAGUCCCGGCAGCUGAGAGAUAUACCGGACGGUCCUCACGGACCGCUUCUCCUUUCCACCUCGGGAGAUCAGAGCAAGUGAUGUGGGACUGGAGGACCUAGCAGACUCGUUCCUUUACUGUGUCUAAUUUGGGGACCUCCUUGAUUUUCUUGUCUUCAUCAUCUUUUCGGAAAUGCAAACGUCCAAGAAAGCCUAGAAAUGGUGUCAUUCUAUAACUGUGUGAGGUUGUAGCCAAUCAGCGCAGCGUCAGCACUGGAGGAGAGUGUACCAACAGUCAUGGACCUAAGAUUCAGAUGGCUGUCGCCUCUUGCCACGGGAGGUUUUCAUAUCCUGCUGCUGGCCAGACUGGUGCUGCCUUCUUACACAGAGAGCAUGCCCAGCUUCAUCAAGUCCCCUGACGAUCAGACAGGGAUUUCAGGAGGAGCGGCAUCAUUUAUAUGCCAGGCAGUGGGUGAGCCCAAACCUCGUAUUACCUGGAUGAAGAAGGGGAAGAAAGUCAGUUCUCAGCGCUUUGAGGUGAUUGAGUUUGAUGACGGCUCAGGCUCUGUGCUGCGUAUCCAGCCUCUGAGGACCCACCGUGAUGAAGCUAUCUAUGAAUGUACAGCAACCAACAGCAUGGGAGAGAUCAACACCAGUGCCAAGCUCACUGUCUUAGAGGAGGACCAGAUCCCUCAUGACUUCCCCACCAUAGACAUGGGGCCCCAGCUUAAGGUCGUAGAGAAAACCCGUACUGCUACGAUGCUGUGUGCAGCCAGCGGCAACCCUGACCCAGAGAUUUACUGGUUCAAGGACUUCCUGCCUGUAGACAUUGGCAGCAGCAACGGGCGCAUAAAACAGCUGCGUUCAGGUGGUACACCAAUCAGAGGAGCGCUUCAGAUUGAGAACAGCGAGGAGUCGGACCAGGGCAAAUACGAGUGCAUGGCAGUGAACAACGCCGGGACUCGCUACUCUGCUCCAGCUAACCUUUAUGUUCGAGAUCAACGGGAAGGUUGGUUUUUUCACUCUUUACCCCCCUAAAGCCAAGGCCUGGCAGACUGGAGCUGUGCUGCGCCAGCAUUUUGCUAGGCGCCUCAGGCCCGUCCCGGCCUCCCUCUCAGGAUACCAGCCCCACAAUGCAACACUCCUGUUACCCCCUCACCCUACUCCUCCACACCACCCUGCC